AUGAAGGAUUCGGGCGAAGCGCUCCUCGACCUUGACAAGAUCUUCUUUUCCUUGUCGAGGAAACAGAUUAUCAAGAGUAAUGAAUGGUUGGAUAUGGUCCAAGAGAAAAGGCCAAAGAGUAAGAAGGAGAAAGUGCUCUUUCUUCAUCAGCAGAUACGCUGUGGAGGGGACAUGGCAUUCCCCACUUUAUUGGAGUGCCUCAAGGAGAAUAAAUACGAAGAUAUUGUAUGCAAAUCACUGAAAUUCAUCGAAAUGAAAGACGAAGAUUUCGCCAAAAAACUGCGCGGAGAUCUUGCAUUGAAGAUGGACCAAUCCAGCUCUCUUCAUGAUUACGCACCUUCACAGAAUGGUCUUGGAAUCUCCUCAAUCGCAACACUUACUGGGAGAAACGUCAAUAUUCCUGAUGAUCAGGUGUACAAGUUGGAGUCUGUCCCACCAGGACAGGUGCUCAUCGUGAACAUUAGGGAAUUUGACGAAAAUAAAAUGACGAAACGGAUCGGUUCAGAAAAAGAUAGGGACAGGAUUGAAAAACUAUUCAAGAGUUUUGGAUUCUCUGUCAGAGUCACUAAAAAAGAGGAUGUUGAAAAACUCGCCAGUCACCUGCCGCUCGAAGAAAAGGAAGCCCUCAUGGGUUACAUAAAGCUAGAGGAAAUGGUUGCGGAGAUCAAUGAUUUUGCGGAGAAAGUACGCGGGGACUGCUGCGUUGUCGUCAUCAUGAGUCAUGGAGAUCAAGGACCAGCUAUCCCAGAUCCUAAUCUCUUAGUCGCAGCUUCCAGUACCGAAUCCCAUGGUGCGGUCACUGAAACGAUGAGGGAGGCUCUGAAACAAUUACCUUUUGUCGUUUACUCUUCGGACAAAAAGCCACUAUUAGUGGAAUGGAUCAUUCAGAAGUUCAGCACCGUGGAAGCCUUGAAGGGGAAACCAAAGAUUUUCAUAAUUCAGGCAUGCCGGGCAGAUAAGAUAAAAACUCAAGAUGAAAUUUGGUGCGGGUCAUAUGACGGUGGUAUUCCGAUCGACGGCCUGGGAUCAGGAAGUCCCUUCUAUCCAGAUGAUACCUUCAUCGCCACUUCCACUUUCCCAUAUCACGUUUCCGUGAGGCCCACCAAAGGAUCGUGGUUCAUCCAGGCCAUCUGCGACGUCUUUGAAGCUCAUUCCAAUGAAAUGGACAGAAUAGACUUUCUUAGUCUCAUGAGAGAGGUCCAUAAAAAAGUGGCUGACAAGCCUGGAAAUUUCGGGCAACGACCGCAGCUGGACAUAAGAGGAAGCUUCAAGCUAUUGUUCUUCAAAUGAGUCUGAUUCCGGUUGAGAAUAAAGAUGCAUAUUCCCGAG